AUGUUGUCGCCCUCGAAAAAGGCACCCCUCACACCGCGAACAGCGGCACCCUUGCGCGGUCUUUUCAAAGAUGGCGAGUGGUGCUGCAACUGCCCUGAGCGGCCGAUCGCCGCCAAGUAUCAGACAAAGAAGGAAGGCAUGAACCAUGGCCGGUGGUCAACUGAACUUGGCCGCAGUCUUCACUUGCAAACAGCCCCAUCACCUUCGCUGCGGUUUCUUCCUCUGGGCAAGCGACGCCGAACCGCGCUCUCGCGCGGCAUUGCUCUCAAACUCCCGAUCCGAAGAAGACCCAUUGACUCUGACCCCCUCCAAGACCCCCAGCGUGCAGGGAACGGACUGCUCACCCCGCAGACUGAGCGCCAGGUCUUCGACGUCCCGCCGCGCCGAACCAUAUCCCCACCCAAGAGCGCAAAGGCCAGGAUGAUGGCGGAGGACGACUACGGAUGGAACGAUGACUCCGACGACAACGAGGACCUGGCCGAGGCGCUGGCUUCCAGUCAGAAGACCGAGCCUAUGAUCUCGCAGCCGAACUUUCACCCGGAGACGCCCUCCAAGGCGGCCCGCACCACCGCAAACACCUCCCCAAGCAACCGCAAGCUGUCAGAAUUCGCCUACGACUACUCGUCUCCGGCUCCAGCGCAGAUGGCCUCGCCGGUAUCAGCGCAUACGUCUUUCACAGAUCGAUUCCCGCCGUCGUCGGCCGAGGUGUGCAUGACUCCGACGCCGACCAAAUACCGUGAUGUGUUGCAUUCAAAUUCGUGCUCGGACACUUCGAGCCUCGCUCAAAGUACCCUGGCUGUGCUGGAUAAGCACGGCGUUGUGCUCCCGAAUCGUGCGCGCGACGAGCUGGUCGCAAUGCUGAACUCCCAGCACAAUAAAUUAACGGGAAUCAAUCGCGGGCGUACUGUCUUACGCAAUGUUGUCAAAUCCAAGGAUGAGGAACUUGCCAAGCUAAAAGAGCGCGUCGCCCAUCUGGAGGCGCAGCAUGAGCUGGAUCGGACUCUGAUUGAUGGCAUGAAGCCAUCCUCGGGCUCUUCUGUUGGGGGGCGCCCUUGA